UGUUGACUCCGUCGUCGCGUGACGUCGCGUCGUCGUCUUUUAAUAGUCCGCCGCCUCUUCGCGACCGGUUCGUCCGUAUGAUACGACACGAUACGUCUACACGUAUACGUACGUCGCAGCUCGUCGGGAGACGCGCCCUCGUUCGACCUUGAACGACUAUAACCGGUGCGUAACGUUCGAUGUACGGAGGAGCAUCGUCGCUGCUGAUCGCAAUAACCAACCGACCGCGAGUCACCGCAGCUCCGCCGCCGCCGCCGCCGUAGGCCCGUGCUGUUGCUCGUUUUACUCUGUUUACCUCCUCCACCUCAGCGCUUGUUCCUCGACGCGGGACAGCCUCGGCGACGAAAUGGCGAAGAAGACAUACGAUCUGUUGUUCAAGCUGCUGCUCAUCGGCGACUCCGGCGUCGGCAAGACUUGCAUACUCUUUCGUUUCUCGGACGAUGCAUUCUCCACCACGUUCAUUUCGACGAUAGGUAUUGAUUUCAAAAUUAAAACAGUGGAAUUAAGAGGAAAGAAAAUCAAAUUACAGAUAUGGGACACAGCUGGGCAAGAGAGAUUUCACACUAUUACAACGUCGUAUUACAGAGGGGCUAUGGGGAUUAUGCUUGUUUAUGAUAUUACUAACGAAAAGACGUUCGAAAACAUUGUGAAAUGGUUGAGAAAUAUUGACGAACACGCUAAUGAAGAUGUGGAGAAAAUGAUAUUAGGAAAUAAGAGUGAUAUGGAAGAAAGACGCGUUGUCAGCACAGAGAAGGGAGAAGCGAUAGCGAGAGAACAUGGCAUUAGAUUUAUGGAAACGUCCGCAAAAGCGAAUAUUAAUAUCGAUCGAGCAUUUAGCGAACUAGCGGAAGCAAUACUGGACAAAACUCACGGCAAGGAACCACAAGAUGCGCCCGACAGAGUGACGGUCGAUCGAAGGGUAGAGAGAAGUUCGAAUCGGUGCUGCUAAUUUUAUAUAUUAUUUAUUUUAACGGCGCAUAACGAACUAUAUAUCAGCUCGUGCCACACUUGGGAUAGAUCCCUCGAUAUAGGAUUUAGAGCGUAAUUUAAAGCAUAUAAUAACAUAAACACUUCACGACACUGCCUGGAUCAGAUAUAAUCUCACUUUUACUCUGAUGAAAAUACGUUUUUCUAUGCUGCAAUCGAAACGAAAAUGCUGCAAAAAAAUUACCGAUAUGAUAUUUAAAAAAGAUUGUGUUAUGUUCUUUAGUUACGUCUAUAUAAAUGUCGAUAAAUUUAUAAAAAUACGCGCGCAGUUUUAUGCAUAUAUAUAAUUAAACCUAAAACUGUGGUAUGUAAACAAAUGUCUCAUUAGUUCAUACGCGGAUGGUAAGAAUUAAACGCAGAUUUCACUGGUGGACCUUCAUGUUUCAUGUAAAACAUUACAUCGGUGCACGAACAAGAACAAUUAGGACGUAUUGUUUGUUAUGAGGCUGCAAUUUGUUACCAUGUUGAGUGGUGUGAGUAUGAGUGUGUCGGCUUUUAAUCUUGAUAAAACUUUGGACAUUGGACGCUUUCCUACGUGAAUAAUCGCACCAUGCUUAUUUGUAUAUUAAGUUAGGGAAAACUUAAAUACCAAAAGCUUCUACCGUUUUGUGUACGGCCGAUUUACUAUAAAUAUAAAUAUUCGCAAUUUCGAA